GAAGCCAGCAAAAAUACUGUGAUUGUUCAGAGGAAAGGUUUCCAUAACAGUGUAACCUUUUAUAUGACUACGAAGGGAUCCAAAAAUGUCGACCAGUAGCACUCUAAGUAACUAUUAUGUGGACUCUAUAAUGGGGCAUGAAGCAGAGGAUGUGUACAGGCCACGCUUUGUCCAGUCUCCGCACAGUACGACCUCAAUGCCACCAGGUGUUGGGGACAAUGUAGAUUUUUCCUCCUGCAGUUUUGCACCCAAAUCAGCCGUUUUCCCAGGGUCUUGGUCCUCGGUCCACACGCAGUCCACCGCCGCAGUAUCAGGGAUUUACCAUCCUUACGUCCAGUCCCACCUCUCCGCAGCAGACAGCAGAUAUGUUCGGUCGUGGAUAGACCCAAUUUCCAACAACGUUUCUUUCUCCGGCUUUCACUAUAACAGCCGGCAUUAUGGAACAAAUGGAACCAAGCCCGAAAGUUUACCACUGAAAAGGACUGAGAGUGCCACUGUUGAGCCAGAGACUCAGGACGUUGUCCGUGGCCCUGGUUAUGCUUGUGGAUUGUCCGAAUGUCCAAAAAAGGUGGCCAAAGAGAGCGUUGGCAGUGAUACUUCGAAUCACAGCGAGCCUAAAGAAGAGAAAAAACUACUUGACCCAAACAACCCUGCAGCAAACUGGAUUCAUGCACGUUCAACAAGGAAGAAGCGAUGUCCAUAUACAAAAUAUCAGACACUAGAACUGGAAAAAGAAUUCCUUUACAACAUGUAUUUGACACGAGAUCGACGAAACGAAAUGGCCCGAAAUCUCAAUUUAACUGAAAGACAGGUCAAAAUCUGGUUCCAGAACAGAAGAAUGAAAAUGAAAAAGAUGAACAGAGAGAGAGGCAGUAAGGAUCACUUAUAGCCCAUGCUAGAGUGGAUCUGUAAUCCUUCGCCUUUUGAUGUACCAUAUUGUUGUGAUUACU